AUGGUGAUCUUAAUGAAGAAGUUUACAUGGUCUUACCCCCCCGGGUUCCAAAGUGAGAAACCAAGUCAAGUAUGCAGGUUAUUAAGAUCACUUUAUGGCCUUAAGCAAGCUAGCCGUCAAUGGAAUGAGAAGCUCACUGCUGCACUGAUCAAAGUUGGCUUUCACCAGUCCAAGUUUGAACCUUCACUGUUUACUAAAGGUGCUCAUGAUGAUUUUGUUGCUUUGCUAGUAUAUGUUGAUGAUAUAAUCAUUGCCAAUGCCAACAUAUCAAUCAUCAACUCUGUAAAACAGUUUCUGGACAGCAGAUUUAAAAUCAAAGAUUUAGGACCUCUUGGUUAUUUUUUGGGGAUCGAAGCAUGCAGAACAAGUGAUGGUUUGAACUUAUGCCAACGUAAAUAUGCUCUAGAUAUUUUGGAUGAUGCAGGGUUUCUUGAAUGUAAGCCAGCAAGCACUCCCAUGGCUCAAGGCUUAAAACUCUCACAUGAUGAUGGAGCUCCCUUGACUGAUCCUAGCUGUUACAGAAGAUUGGUUGGUCGAGUGUUAUAUCUUACAACCACCCGACCGGAUAUUGCCUAUGCAGUUCAACAACUGAGCCAAUUUGUAGAUUCUCCCACAGAAAAACAUUUGUUGGCUGCACACCGUGUAUUAAGGUAUAUUAAGAGCUCACCAGGGCAAGGCUUGUUCUACCCAGCCAACACUCAACUCCAAUUGAAAGUGUUCUCGGACUCUGAUUGGGCAGCCUGCAAUGAAACAAGGCGAUCCAUUACUGGAUACUGUGUCUUUCUGGGAGAUGCACUGGUCUCAUGGAAAGCCAAGAAACAGCUGACAGUCUCAAGAUCUUCAUCCGAAGCCGAAUAUAGAGCUUUGGCAGUUACGGUCUGCGAAAUACAAUGGAUGACUUAUAUCCUACAAGAUUUAAACAUCGGAUUUGACAAGCCAGCCACAUUGUUUUGUGACAGCAAAUCCGCCAUAGCCAUUGCCGAAAAUCACGUCUUCCACGAGCGCACCAAACACAUCGACAUUGAUUGUCAUGUUGUCCGAGAAAAGCUACAUCAAGGUCUCAUUAAACUUCUGCCAGUCUCAUCCUCAAACCAGGUUGCGGAUGGAUUCACCAAGCCCCUGGCUAUCCCACUGUUCCGACAGUAUGUGUCUAAGCUUGGGAUACAAGACUUGUAUGCCCCAGCUUACGGGGGGUAUCAAAUGUAUCACGUGAGAUGA